UCACCGGCUUCUGAGUUUCUUCCAUGCUCCCACUGCUUGGGGUUCUAUAAGAAGAAAAGUCUAUAUAGGCAUACUAAACAAUGCUCAGAAAAUCCUGAUUUAGGGACAAAAGGUAAAAGGCAAACAUCGCAAAGUCUUGGUCAAACAACAUUGUUACUUGGAACCUUAAUUAAGCACGACGAAUUGUUAAAAACGGAGUUAUUUCCUCAUAUGAGGGCCGACGAAAUAGGUUUAAUAGCCAAAAAAGAUCCGCUGAUAUGUAAUUAUGCAUAUUCAUAUUUAAAAGGACGGAAAAGCAAGGGUAACUUAGAUCUAGUAAGACAAGAUAUGAGACGAUUAGCAAAACUUUUGAAAUUUGCUAGGCACGAAAAUACCGACAUAAAAGAUCUUAUCGAUUUAUUACGCCCUUGUUUCUUCCAAAUUAUCAUAAAAUGCGUAAGUAAAAUAGGAUGCUAUAACAGUGAAACCGAUAUGUUUGAGUCACCGACUGUAGCCAUUAAUUUUGGGACUUUGUUAAAGAAAUGUUGUGAUCUGGCAUAUAUACACUUGAUUCAAAAACCAAAUACCAAUGACCAACGAAAAGAGGUGAAAGUUCUAAAAACUCUUGUGACCUCCCAAUGGGCCAACGAAAUUUCGGCUCAAGCUUCAACCAAUUUAAAUUCUAAAAAAUGGAAUAAGGAAGAUCUGCUUCCUCUUACUUCAGAUUUAGUGAAAUUGAAUAAUUUUUUAAAAGCCACUGCUGAAGACAUGUAUGAUAAAUUAAAAACAGAUGAGACAAAUUCAUUAGCUUACAACUGUCUCAAGGACGUACUGUACAUCCAAAUAAUAUUACUUAAUAGAAAACGACCAGCUGAGGUGGCACAAUUAAAAGUUGAAACAUACAAAUCUAUUAAUUUGGAUUAUAAGGGGAUAAAUGAAUUCGAAAGUUGUUUGACCGAGAUUGAAAAAAUGCUACUGAGUUCGUACAGCCGAAUUGUUAUCAGGGGCAAAAGAGGUCGAGGAGUACCCAUAUUACUCUCAAAAAAUAUGAAAAAAUAUUUUGAUUUAUUGGUUGAGGUAAGAGAUAACUAUAUUAAUGGCAAUGAUUACAUCUUUCACACCAAUGGCCGAAACUGUAUUGAUGGAACUAAAAUAUUGUAUAAAUAUGCGAAAAAAUGUGGAGUACAGUAUCCAGAAUACAUCAAUGCAACAAGGUUGCGAAAGCAUUUAGCUACAAUUACGCAGUUACUGCAAUUUUCGGAGAAAGAUCUGGAGCAACUCGCAAAAUUUAUGGGCCAUACGUUAAAUAUUCAUUGCAAUACCUAUAGAUUAUCAGACAAUUUAUAUCAAACAGCCAAGGUGUCUAAACUAUUGCUACUUGCGUCAGAAGGAGGAAUAGAACAAUACAAAGGUAUGAAUUUAGAUGACAUAAAUAUGGAUUUAAACCCCAUUUCUGAAGAACACGAUCGUGUCGAGGAUAUAAUUGCCGAAGUCAAUGAAAAAACCAUAAGGGAUUCUCAAUUACCUUAUGAAGAUACAAUACAAGUUGACAACACAGAACACGCUACUACACAAUUCAUAGAAACAAAAACAGAAGCCGUAAAGAAAACUCCCACUCCAAAACAAUCAUGGACGGUAGAACAAAAAAAAAUUAUUUUCAAUCAUUUUUUUAGCCAUAUAGAAAGUAAACGGGCUCCUAAACUGCAUGAAGUUAAAGAAUUUCAAGAAAAAUAUCCUGACAAAUUUAAACACAGAAAAUGGACGUCAAUAAAAGCAGUCGUAUUCAACAUUUAUACAAACAAACUGAAAAUGUGAAA